UUUUAAGUCGUUUCAAACUUCUCUACCAUUAUGCACUGCACACUCCUUUCCAGUAGGUGGCGGGAAUGCGCCUUUUAAUUUGGUCUGCCAACCGCCAUUAAACUCCAGAAGAAGAAGAAAAUGUGCCAUCACAGCUUUGAGUCUUCUGAAGUGAGAUCUGCUCCUCCACCCACACAGGAAUUCACCAACAGUUCAGCUCCUCCCACAACAGUUUAUGAAAGAAUUUAUCGAAAACAUGACUGAUCCAGAACCCAGCAGAAUAAAACAGGAAGAUACUGAACAACAAAUAGAUCUGAUAGAAGAGAACAAGGAGAUUGAAGAACUGACUGAAGUGGAAGAGAAACAUCAUGUAAAAACUGAAGAAACGUCCUCAAGUCCCUCAUUGAAAAGAAAAGACGAAAUAUGUUUCACUUGCCCUCAGUGUGGAAAGAGUUUCUCAUGCAAGCAAAGUCUUGAUGUUCACGUAAAAUGUCAUCUUGAAGGGUUUUCAGAUGACCUGAAGGACCACCUGAAGGUUUAUACAAAGGAGAGGCCUUAUGUAUGUAAUUUAUGUGGAAAGAGUUUUAUUCAGAUGGGUACAUUAAAAAAACACCAGAAAAGACACAGCGGUGUGAAGGAACAUGCUUGCUCUGAGUGUGGGAAGACUUUUUUUACAUAUGGUGCACUGAAAGUGCACAAGACAGUUCACACUACAGAAACACCUUACAAGUGUUCACACUGUGACAAGAGAUUCAAACGGUCAAUAUACGUUAAAAGACAUGAGAGGAUCCACACUGGAGAGAAGCCGUACACAUGUGAUCAUUGUGGGAAGAGUUUCGGACGAAAAGGACAUCUUAACAAACACUUGACAAUCCACACUGGAGUGAAGCCGCACAAAUGUGAUCACUGUGGGAGGGGUUUUACACAAAAAGACCUCCUUAAUGUACACAUGACAAUCCAUACCGGAGAGAAGCCAUACACGUGUGAUCAGUGUGGAAAGAGUUUCAGAAUAUCAAGUGUUUUUAGAGGUCAUCUGCUUAUUCAUUCUAGUGAAAAACUCUAUAACUGUGACCACUGUGGUAAAGACUUUUUUAGGACAAGUGCCCUAAAGAGGCAUCAAAAAGUUCAUACAAGGGAGAAGCCUCAUGUGUGUUCUUUGUGUGGAAAGAGUUUUAGUGAGCGGGAUGCUUUAAAAAUACACCAGAAAAGACACAGCGGUGUGAAGGACCAUAUUUGCUCUGAGUGUGGGAAGGCUUUUUUUACAGAUGCUGAAGUGAAAAAGCACAAGGAAACUCACACUACAGAAACACCUUACAAGUGCUCACACUGUGACAAGAGAUUCAAACGGUUAGUAUAUCUGAAAAUGCAUGAGAGGAUCCACACUGGAGAGAAGCCGUAUACAUGUGAUCAAUGUGGGAAGAGUUUCACUCAAUUAUAUUCUCUAACCUAUCAUAAAAAAAAAGAUGCAUGUCUGAAAUUACAGUAAGUAAUUCAAAUAUUGAUCUGUACUUCCAGGUGUGAUGCUGUGUAGAGCCACAUCAAGCCAUUAUUUUGAUAAUCAAUUAAUUGAGAUGAACUGAGAUUAAAAUGAUUAAUUGACUGAUUGUUGAAUAUUUCAGAUGUACCAGUAGCUUUUAUUGAUUAUUCAACUUUUGUAGUUAGUUAAAAUGUUAUAUCCAUUCUAACUAAUAAAUAAAAUAAGGAAAUCA